ACUCCUCGCUGGACGAGGAGGCACCUGUCUCUUUUCUCAUGUCGUCCGUCCGCCAACAGACAGAUUGAGGACGGUUCAUACUGAAAUAAGUAUGUUCAGCGUAUAAUGCGCAAAAUGUUGCGAUUUGUUUUCUUUUGGUUUGCCGGGAAUCUUCAACUCGUCCUAAAUUCACCGACUCUUGGAUCUAAACAUAAUCCCAGGCUUCUGAGAAAAGAUGUAAACAGUGGUGGAUUUGAAUACCAAGUGUGUCAGAAUCACAGCGUGUUCUUCAGCCAUGAGAACUCUGAGCAGAUGUAUGUCGGAGGAACAGAUUUUGUGCUGAAACUUGACGUGGAUGACUAUCAUAUUAUAGAGAAAUUUCCUUUGAAAACCACAGGGCAACAACAGUGCCAAGAGGGCCGAUGUGAAAAUGUCAUCACUGUGAUCGAGCAGUUUCAGGACAGCUUGUUUGUCUGCGGAACAAAUGGACACAAACCGCAGUGUUGGAAGCUUUUUUCUUCAUUGAACAACCAGUCUUAUAAAAUAGAGAAGAGUUAUGAGGGGACAGGCAUCUCUCCAUUUGUUUACACACACAACUCGGUCUCCCUCACAGCAGAGGGGGAUCUAUAUUCGGCGGCGCCUUUGGAUACUGAUGGAGGUUCAUUGCAAUUCAGACGAAAAGCUGGAAACAGAACUAAUGUCUGGAUGUAUGACAGCUGGGUCUCAGAGCCCACGUUCAUCUCCGCUUCGUGGGUGAAGCGGAGGGAAGACCCCGACAACGAGAAGAUCUACAUAUUUUUCCGUGAAAAGAACUCCGAUCAGAAUCCGGAGGCUGACCCCUGGAUAUCGAGGGUUGCCAGAGUGUGUAAGGUAGAUGAAGGUGGACCAAAACGAUUCUUCCAGAACAUGUGGACAUCUUUCCUCAAGGCCCGGCUUGUCUGUGGGUUUCCGGAAGAGUCGCUCUAUUUCAACCGUCUCCAAGACAUCUAUGUGAUGCAUGCUGAGGACUGGAGAGACACCCGAGUUUAUGCUCUUUUCACGCUUUUCACAAGCAGCUGGAACUCCACAGCAGUCUGCAUCUAUUCAAUCGAAAUGAUUGAGGAAUUAUUUGAGAACUCAACUUUCAAGGGCUACAACAAAGACGUCCCAAAACCAAGGCCAGGAACGUGUGUAAAAAACAGCAGGACCCUGCCACUGGCCACGGUCAAUAUGGUCAAGGACUACCCAGAAAUGACUGACUGGGUUCACUCCAUGCAUUAUAGAGCUCCAUUUUAUACAAGCAGCAACAACUACACCAAGAUAGCUGUGGACCGCGUCCAGGCAGCAGACCAGCACAUGUAUAACGUUCUGCUUCUGGCUACUGAUUCUGGGACUAUCCAUAAAGUGUUGGAGUCGGAGUCCAAACCGUUCAUCAUCUCUGAAACACAACUCUCCGGCCGUUCAACCAUCAAAUCAAUGAAGCUUGUAUCCACAAAGAAAAAGUUAGUAGUUGGUUUUCCAGAGAAAAUUUCUAUCAUGGACCUCCAGAGGUGUCAUGAGUACAACAAGUCCUGUGCAGAUUGUGUCCUGGCCCGGGACCCGUACUGCGCCUGGACGAAGUUUGGAUGCACUCCAACUUCCCUUGGCGGCAUUCAAAAUAUCAUUGAUGGGAACAUAAGUCAAUGUCUCGCAGCAGUAGAAGAAGAAAAACUCAUAAACCGGACCAAACGGCAGACAGCUUCACCAUCACCAGAGGGUGUGAGCACGGACCACUCGGUCCCCCUGAGUGUCCCCUUCUAUCUGUCAUGCCCGAUAGACUCCUACCAUGCUGUCUACACCUGGGAUCAUGAAGGCCAGAGCAGCCCGUGUCUCCAAAUGCAGUCGAACUGCCUGCACCUCAUCCCGGCCAUGGCACACGAGAACUAUGGCGGCUACAAGUGUGUUUCCAAAGAGAAAGACUACAGCAAAGUCGUGAAAACGUAUUAUCUUAGAGAGCAAAUUAUUCAAGACACAAAUGAAAACACUGAGAGGAUCAACUUCCCUUCCAAGAUGAAUUAUGCAUCAGCUGUCGUGCCGCAGAAGGCAUGGAUCACCCUCGGACUUGCUGUGUUGGGGAUUUUCACUUAGGAUUUGCAAAAAUUACUAUUUAAUUUAACACUCCCUUGCUUUUGAAAAUAUUUUCAGUUGGUCCAGUAGUCGCGUAUGAAAAUGUAGCAUAAACAUCCUCAGGCUCUUUGUUCUAGUCAUUGCUCUCAGAGCAGGACACAGGCAACAUUAACAUCUAAAUCUGUCCUUCUGUACACAUUACAUCUAUUGCACCUGUCCAUCCUGGAGAGGGAUCCUCCUCUGUUGCUCUCCUGAAGGUUUCUUCCCUUUUUUCCCCCUGAAGGGUUAUUUGGGAGUUUUUCCUGAUCCGAUGUGAGGUUUUGGGGCAGGGAUGUCUAUGUGUACAGAUUGUAAAGCACUCCGAGACAAAUUUGUAAUUUGUGAAAUUGGGCUAUACAAAUAAACUGAAUUGAAUUGAAUUGAACAUUAAAGGAAAUCCACCAAUAAAGCUGGAAAAAAAUAGCAGAAAUACAAACUUUUCGCGUAAGCGGACAUGUCGUUAGGUCUUAGGUCUACAGGAACACGCUGUAGUCAUGUUGUUCGCCAUCUGUUUGUUUGGAUCAGCUGAUGAUCAGUUUAUUACCUCAACAUCCUUCAUGAACUAUAAUGUUAUGUUUCAUUAACUGAGAAAUUUUUUCAUUUUCUUUCUUUUAAAACAUGGAAAAAAGGGAAGAUAUAAGUAAUCUGAAGGAAUUCCUUUUGAAAAGGGUUUUGUCCAAACCAAAGCACACCUUUAGAGAGAAGUGAUCGUGAGAGCCACAGACAGCCUGUGCACAGUGUGUGCAUGUUGAGGAAAGCUCUUUGGUCUAUUUGAGGGCAAAACUGUUUUUUAAAGUUCCUGUACAAAUUCCCUCUGUUGCGGAAGGGUGGAGACCCCAGGGACCCUCCCUGGAUUUCCCUGUUUUGUUCAGCCAGAGAGGCGUUAGAAAAUGUGCAGUAAAAAAAGUUUUUCAGCAGAGCAGGCAAUGUCUGCCUUGUAAAGAAAGUGGCACUUUGUUAAAUUUACUAAUUCAUUUUUGGUCAAACAUUUUUUUUAUUUUGCAUUGAAAUCCAAAAAGAUAUUAAUAUUAGUUGCAGUGUGAGAAAUGAACAUAUUAGCCCCACAGGCCACUUGACCUAGAACAGAUUUGAGAAGGUGGUUGAAGAUGAUAGUUUUUCCUCAUAUCUUUUAGUGUUUUGGUACAAUCUUUUAUGUUUCACACUGGAGUGUUUUAUACGUGCAAGCAAUAUGUGUCCUUAUAAUUUCAGAAAUAGUAUAUUUUUGCAUAAUAUUAGCUUGAAAAGGCUACCUGAAGAAUGUAAGUGAUUAUUAUUGAUUUCCAGCUCAUUUAAAUAAAAAAAAGAAUGGAGCUGACAUUAGUCACAAGGAGUUGUAUAACCAUCGCUCUCUUAGAUCCACUUGUAAGUGGUUUUAAGGGAAUAGUUUAUAUGUCAUGCCUUUAUCAGACGUGACACCCUGCAAUAAACCACAUGCAGCCUAAUCAGAGUAUCAACAACCAAGGAUCUUCAGCUUAAGCUGUCUCAUUCCUGGACCCACCGUCUCAAUGGUCUCAGCCCUGCUAAUGACAUCAAUGACGCAGAUACAUCUUGUUUAGGAAAAUAAAUGAAUCACAACUACACUUCUUCUCUCUGGCCACAACAGUCCGACAGGAAAUCCUGUAUUCUUGUUAGAUUUUCUUUCAGAUUAGGUUAUUGUAGUUUAAAAGCUUCGGUAGAAUUUUCUAUCUCGAAGUAAUCCCGAUGUCCCAUUUAUAUAGCACAGUCAAAUCUGAUUUCCAUUAUCAGACAUUGAAUCCCUCUAAACUUUGCCACACCUGACACAUAAAUAAACUGAUGUGAUUUUUCUGUUAUUGAGGCAAGAACAGAAAGGAGGAAGCACACUCAUCUAGGCGUGUUGCUUUUCUUGUUUGUGACCACACCCUGCUGUUACUAUGUUGGCUGGAUGUCCUCAGUUUGAACAAAUAUAUAUUUUAACACUACAAUGACUUUACAUGGAACAUUUCAAGUGAAAUACAUUGUGUGGGAUUAGGCUUCACCUGUUCCACAAAUGAUGUCAGUUGUUUUCAUCUGAGAUUCCAACACAUGGUCUAUGGUUAUGUGUCUACUAGUGUUUAUAACCUGUAAGUGUGUAUCUGACCUGUAAGUGUCUAUCUGACCUGUAGGCUGCUGAAAAACGUACUCGUAGUUCAGGUGAAGCUGUAAAAUGUGUUUUCAUGCGUC